AUUGAUCAGCACGUGCUUUCACAAAGUUUUUGGUGGACUGUUUUAGUGGCACUGCCGCUUCUGUAAAUAACUCCAGAUGCCUUGCAUGUUGUGACUUGCUAUAAUCUUGGUGCUUGUCUACACGUGGUUUUCAUACUGCUGUAACUAUCAGCACAAUCCCCUAAUGAGUGCAGUUAUACCAAUGUGUUUAUUCCCAUAAACGUAUCAGAAUAACUUUUACUGUUGUAACUGUCCACACUAGGGGUUGUAAAAGCUCACUCCUUACUGGAAUAGUUAAACUUCUACAAAAUCUUUGUAGAACAGGCCUUGGGGAAUUGAAACAGAGAGCAGCACACAUCUUUCAAUAACAGUGUAGUAGGGAGCUAUUUACUCUUACUUUCUAGCGGUAACAGAACAACACUGUUGCAAAAGCUGUACAAAAUUAAGGUAUUAGGUCCCUUUAGGCUUGUAGAAAUAGGCCUUACAUUUGGAGAGCAGACCUAAAAAAGGAGAGACACUGGCUUGUAUCAAUUGGAUUUAGUAGUCCUGGAUAUCUUCUGCCAGUUUAAAACAGGUUUUGUUUUUGCUCUUACUGCAUAUUGCAAGAAUAUUCUAAAAGCAGGAAAGAAUUUAGUUUAAUAACUCAAAUAUGCCAGCUGAAGCUGAUACCCCAAACCAAGAACAUGCCAUUCUAACUUACUGUCUGUCAUUGUGAUCUGAUUUGUCAAGAUGUAUUAAUAUAAAGUAACACGUUUGUGUGUGCUUACUGCACUGUGCUGAUUAGAUUACACAACUUGCAGUUCUACACUCUCCUACUUACCAUCCAACUUUGACAUCAGGUGUUUCUACUCCAAUUCCUGCAAGAUGCCAGCAGCAAUUGUGGAGAACAGUCAGGUUAUCUGUGAAGUAUGGGCAAACAAUCUGGAAGAAGAAAUGAGGAAAAUUCGAGAAAUAGUUCUCAGCUACAGCUACAUCGCAAUGGAUACAGAGUUUCCAGGAGUCGUAGUAAGGCCAAUUGGUGAAUUCCGCAGCUCCAUAGAUUAUCAGUAUCAACUUCUUCGGUGUAAUGUUGAUCUUCUGAAAAUCAUCCAGCUGGGCCUAACUUUCACAAAUGAGAAGGGGGAAUAUCCUUCUGGGAUCAACACCUGGCAGUUUAACUUCAAAUUCAACCUUACGGAGGACAUGUACUCCCAGGAUUCCAUAGACCUCCUUGCAAACUCUGGGCUGCAGUUCCAGAAGCAUGAGGAUGACGGGAUCGAUACCUUGCACUUUGCAGAGUUGCUCAUGACCUCAGGGGUGGUCCUCUGCGACAAUGUGAAAUGGCUCUCAUUUCACAGUGGCUAUGACUUUGGCUACAUGGUGAAACUGCUGACUGACUCCAGGCUUCCAGAGGAGGAACACGAGUUCUUCCAUAUCUUGAACCUCUUCUUCCCAUCCAUCUAUGAUGUCAAAUACCUAAUGAAGAGCUGCAAAAACCUUAAGGGAGGCCUUCAAGAAGUUGCAGAUCAGCUGGAUUUGCAACGAAUUGGACGACAGCAUCAGGCAGGAUCAGACUCUCUGCUCACAGGAAUGGCAUUCUUCCGAAUGAAAGAGUUGUUCUUUGAGGACACGAUUGAUGAUGCAAAGUACUGUGGGCGGUUAUAUGGCCUUGGCACAGGAGUGGCACAGAAACAGAAUGAGGAUGUGGACACAGCCCAAGAGAAGAUGAGCAUCUUGGCUAUUAUCAACAACUUGCAGCAGUGAUAACUGGGUACCACUCGGCAAGAUAUGGUCCCAGAGUGGCAGCUGCAGUCCUAAACUGUUUCCAGCAGUCUCUCUCAUACAAAUGACGUCCAACAGUAUGCAUUUGGCAUGAGGACUAGAGAUUUGCUGAAGACAAAAGAUGCUCCUCGUUUCGGUUCAAACUUAGAAGAAGGGAGUUUAUAACAAUGGCAGCAGCGGUGACUUGCCAUCUUUUUAGUACCAAGGACAAGAGAGACACAAUUAAUGUAUAUACCUCUGUUUUCUUCCUUUUAAAAUAUACUGAAUCUGCAAGGAAGACUUUACUCCAGAACGUUCAGCAGAAUUAAGGUUCUGAAAUGCCAGUGGAAUCAGAGAGUCAAACGCAUUUGCAGAUUGUGCUUUAAGACGCUUAUUUUAAAUUUUUUUGUUGGCUGUAAGGAUGACAUCUGCUUCUCAUCCUUUGCUUGUUUUUAUCUUUGCGUAUUCUGUAGAAACGACCCACUCGUUCAUGGCAGAGUUUUGGGACAGGAUAAUGUCAGACUUUUUCUGGAGCUGAAACAUUCAAAUAGAUCUGUCUUGGUAACUGUCAGACAUGGUAUACUUGGAGCUGAGGCAACCACCUUUGUAGCUCCUAAUUCAGUACAAUUUCCCACUUUCUUUAGGACUGUUGGGCCAGAGAGGUGUGUCACACCUGUAAGACUCAUCUAUCUUCUCAUAGGUAUUAAUACAAUAAACUGUUCUGCAAUUGUUUAAAUGGCCUAGAAGUUUGCCUUUCCUAGAAGAGAUUUGUAACAGUUUGGACCAAAAUUGAUGUUGACUUCAGCUACUUGGUAUUACGUGAUAAUGUGGAAGAUUUUACCCUUUUCAUUAGAGCAUGACCAAGUUUAGUAGGUGCAUAAAUGUGUAAAAAGUGGCCCUAGUUUUAUAUUUUAGUGAUUUAACAGCCUGGCAAAGCAACUGGAUUUCCCUUUUAUAGAGAUAAUAUCCCAAGAGUGGGACGCUCACAAUUGUCUUUUUAAAAAAUUAGAUAUUCUAAAAGUACACGCUUAUAUUUUUGAACAGCUUGGAAAUAUGUUUAAAAGAAAACCCAAAACUUUUGUCCAGAGCAAAUUAAAACUAUUUCUGAGUCUUGCAUUUUAACAAGCUUAUAAAAAUUCUUGUUUUUUUGCAAUGAUUAAAAGUGAUAAGCUGGUAUUUAAAAUGCGUGUAAAUACUAUUGAUGUUUUUAAUUUUGUAAAAUAAAGAUUUUUUUUUUAAACCAGU